AUUAUCAUCGCAGAAUCUACUGCGAGUAUUUCCCUGGUGUCCACUAGAAAUACGCUACAGAAAAGCAAAUAGCGGCAACUGCGAAAAAAGGAUUCUACAGGCAAAGCCAUGGAACAUCAAGUAGACAGCAUACUGGAUAAAAUCAUGGACGUUCCGGGCAAUACAGGAUGCCUGUUAGCCAACAAUCAAGGCUUGUGCCUAGGAGUGAAAGGUAAUGCAUCGGAACAGUCUGCCGGAAUAAUCGUAGCUAUAUCAGAUUUAGCAUCGAAGUUAGAUCCUAGCAACAGUUCCCCGGUAAUUUCAUUGGAAUCAAACGACAAAAUAUGUAUGAUCCACAAACACGGUAUCACGGGAGCAAUUUACAAACAAAAAGGAACAUAAAUGUAAUCUUGCUUUGCUCGUAAUAAACCCCUAUUGGCUUAAUGUAAACGAUGUUAACAACACAUUCAACAGACCACAUAUUCACAAAAUAAACGGUGAAUAGCGAGACAGCGCUCUACACCAUCGAUUUUACACGAGCAAAAACCUCGCAAUAACAACGUCAAUACGAAU